ACAAUUCGUCCAUCCAGUCCGAUAGGUGGCAGUACUCCCCGUAGUCAUGUAGCUAACGACGUUACGUUCGACGCUCGGUUUACAAACAGAGAAAGAAGAGAGCGUAACGUUAGCUUGAAGUAGCAUCGUAUUAUUAGCUAACUCAAUUAGUAUCGCUAAAUGCUGUUCCUAGUUAACGUCGUCAUCUGGAUGGGUGUCUUAAAGCGACGUAACGUUACCGAAUUUAGUGCCUUAGCUAGGUCAUUUGAAAUUAACAAGCGUUCAUGGGUAUAAAAGCUAACGUCAAUGCUGAUGCUAACCUAAGCAUAAUAGCUCUGUUAGCUCACAAUUAGUUAUCUAGCUAGCUAUGUUAACUAACGUUAACUUCUUUGCUAAGGCUACAAACGCUGGUUGCCAAUCGUUGUAUUAUUCAGAGAUAAAGUGACGCACUAUAAAUUGUGUUUUGUUAAAUGUGUGAAAUUAUGUUUCAGAAUUAACCAGACAGAUAGCUAACCAGUCGCCCAGCUAGCUAUAGCUAUAUCAAAAUAAGCAACUUCGCUACGCUAGCUUGAAUGCUACGAAAUAGUACUAUGUGAAACAAAUAGUAAAAGAGAAGCAGCAUUGAACUUUAGCUUAACCGUAUGCUGUCAUAUCUAGAGCGUUGUAGUUUUUCUUUUACAAAAAAAAGGAGUCUUAUUCAGACCAAUUUGUAUUGAAAAAAUAGUGAACUGGUUAAACUCUUAACCUGCCACACCUGAAGUGUCACUCCUUAUGGCUUCACUAGGCUUUACUCCUGCCAGCGGGCACGAUCUUUUCAGCAUUGAAACAACAGAAAAAUCCAGCCGUGAAACAAGCAACGUACUUAAUGGGAAUGAGGUCAGGCAGUUUUACGAACAUUUAAUAAGAAAUGGCGAAGAGCAAGAUUUAUCCAGGAGGAGUGAAAUCAGCCAGAAAGAUAAUGGCAGAGAGCAUCAGAAUAAACAGAGGAACAGAGAGUCCAGUAGAAGAGCGAGGAGGAGAGCCAGGGCUGCAGAGAUGCAGCAGGGUCAAACAGAUUCUGUGGUGCAAAGAGUGAUGAGUGGUGAAAGUGAAGCCAACCCAAGAAGACAGACAAGCAGUUCUUCAGAAAGAACCAUGGAGCUCCUGGGGCUCAGGUUCCUGCGUUGUGCCCAUGAUGGGGACAUCUCUGGCGUUAAAGACCUGCUCUCAAAGGGGGUCGACCUCAACUUCCAGGAUACUUACUUCUGGACAGCGAUGAUGUGUGCAAGCUGGUCGGGACAAAGAGCUGUGGUGAGGCUGCUGCUGCAGCACGGAGCAGCCUGGGUCGGAGUGGUUGAUACACAGGGCAGGGAUGCCAAAGACCUGGCGCUGGAAGCGGGCCACAAUGAGGUAUUGGAGGAGUUGGAGAGCUAUGGGAGAAGUACACAGAGAGACACACAAUCUGAUAGCAGUGCCCUCCAGUCUCAGUGGUGCGGUGUGUGUUGUAGCGAGUAUAGCAGUAGCCUGUCAUCCCAUCUCUCCUCCACUCUACAUCUGUUCAGUCUGCGGCGUGCUCCACCCACCCCUUACUACUGCCUCCCCCCCUCCAGCAACAGCUACAAGAUGAUGGUUCGUUGCGGCUGGAAACCAGGGACAGGACUAGGGCCAGAGGGAGAGGGGCCUCAACAGCCAGUGCCAACUGUGCUGAAGAGAGACCAGAAAGGCCUGGGGUAUGGACAGAUGAAAAGAGCCAAAGUUACUCACUUCCAACCCAGGGAUCGUGACGCAGUAAAACCACCAUCCAAGGAGAAAGAGGAGAGAGGAGGAAAAGGACAGAGAAAGGAAGACAGUAGGAGAAAGGAGCUAAAAGAUAAGAACUGGGAAAGAGAUUUCCGUGCCUCUUUUUAUCUUUGACUCCUGCUUACUGUGACUUUUCUACAAGCCCUUUCUCUAAACACAUCUCAAAGUAUCUCUAAAACAAACAAUCUAUUACAAAGUCAAGUUGGACCUGUUGUAAAGCUCCUGGAAGGUGUUUUCUCACCAAUUAAUAUGAAUAUCUUGACUCUACCUCAAAGCUAAAACUGUGUCCGUAUAUGGAAUUAGUUGUGCCGCUGCCCACAGAUGUGCAAUGACCAAAUGUAUUUAAUCUUUAUCAUGGUUGUGUUUUAAACUGUGUCACUAAAUAUGGCAUAUUUACUAUUGAUCCACUAAGACUUGGAUUUCAUUUCUAUAUUAAAAAAUACACUUGAGGUUCAUGAUCUAGGAAAAUGUUUUAAAUGUCAAACAGCUAUUUUGAUAUGUUUAAUAUAAUAAUACAAUAUAAAUUUAUAAGAGGAAAAAUAGUUUAGAUAUUGAAAGUUGUAUCAGUAAUUUAUCAUGAGUGACUGCAGUAAUGCUGUUAAAGUUCCUAAUAUGGUCCAUGGUUCUUUAACAUAGAAUGUUGCAACAGUGAACUCUUCCUCUGGAAGAGCUCCAGGUACCUUCUUACCUAAUUUGACACACCUGCACCCAUGUGACGGGUGAGUCACAUCAUAUGCGUGUGAAUGUCUGCCUUAUCGUCACAUUUGGCCAAGUAAUCUAGAUUGUUUUAUCUGAAAAGCCGGACUCCUUUUUUUUUCUUUUAUUUGUUAGGAUUGGACAUGUUUCAGGAUUGUAUUUAAAUAAGCACAGCUCAAGCCACUUCAAAGCCCUGUAACCCCCUCCUCCCCCCACGACUCCACAUGUGACUUCAAACAGGGCCACUAUUUCUAUUCCAAAGUCCAGGCUGAAGACAACAGGUGGCCAAGCUGUAGUCCUUAGAGCUCCAAGACUGCUAAACGCCAAAGUCCGUAUCAUUUUUUUAAGUCACAACUUCAAGCUUUGUACACUGAUUGACCAGGAAAACAAAACAACCUGUACAUUGUACUCUAAUCCAACAGUCUGUAUUAAACAAUAUUUUAAUUGUUA